AUGAAACGAUUCAAUCCCGAGUCUAUUGACGACGACUCAGUUUCUUUUGAGCCUCAAUCAAGUUUUCUUCGUCGCGUUUCGACGCUAAAUCACUAUCAAACCCAAACUAUGAACCAGAAUGUUGAUCAGAACCAAAACCCCUCUGGUAAUGAUCGUCGAUUUCUGCAUCAAAUCAUGAACCCUUGUAGUGAGAAUCAAACCCUAGAAGCUGCUUUUUCUCGGCUUUCUGUUGGUGCUUCGUCGAAUGGUUACGGGGGUUCUUCUUUUCAUGAGAAUCCUUACUAUAACCAUGGGGUUCAGGCUACUAAUUGCUGUUUGAACCGUGAAAAUGCUAUUGGUUUCAAUGCUCUUGUUAGAAAUAACUCCGCUUAUGGUCGAGGUAGACCUAUGGAUUUUUUGUUGAGGCAUAAUGGUUAUGGUAAUGAUUAUGGUUAUGGGGAUGUUAACAAUCUUUUGAAUGGGGGUGUUUCUGUUUCUGUUCCUGUUGCGGGUAAUGGUGUUGGUGACGGAUUGCGUCCAGGAUUUCAAUAUGGUUUAUUGAAUGAAUCCUCAGUACCGAAUGUUUCUUGGGUGAAUGGUAUUGUUAAUCAUAAUGGAAAGGGUACACAUUGGGUUGAUCAAUUUCGAGGGAGUAUUUAUUCGAUGGCGAAGGAUCAGAGUAGAAGUAUGAUUUUGGGGGAAUUGAUUGAAAAAUUUGGAAGAGAAGCUGUUUCGCAUAUUUUCGCCGAGGUGAUUGAUUAUGUUUCUGAGCUGAUGGUUGAUCCAUUUGGUAAUGUUGUUGUUCAAAAGAUGGUGGGAUUGUGCAACGAAAAUCAACUCACUCGCAUCAUUCUAAUGGUGACUAGCUAUGAAUGUCAGCUCAUUAGACUUUCUGUUGAUCUUUAUGGAUUUCGUUCUAUUGAGAAACUGUGUGAGAAUGCUACUACCAGAGAUCAAAGGCGUCUUAUUAUGUCAGCUUUGAAUCCUGCUGCUAUUUUGUUGUCUAAGGAUGUUAAUGGUCAUCGUGUGGCUCUCUCUUGUUUGAGAAAUUUCCCACAUGAAGAUACUAAGAUAUUCCUGAGUAUUCUUGCAACUAACUCUCUCUCGAUCGCAAGAGACAAGACAGGAUGCUGUGUGAUGCAGUAUUGCGCUAGCCAUGCUCAAGGAGAACCUAAGAAUCGGCUGAUAGAUGACAUCGUACUAAACGCUCCACUAUUAGCAGAAGAUUGUUACGGCAACUACGUGCUUCAACAUCUAUUGUCUAUGAAAAUACAGAGAGUGUCAAGCAACCUACACAGACAGCUUGAAGGACGAUUUGUUUAUCUUUCCUGCAAUAAGUAUGGGAGUAAUGUAGUGGAAAAGUUUUUCCACGACGCAGGUGUGCUUCUAUCUGAAAAAAUCAUCGCGGAGCUACUUAACUCUCCAAAUGUAUCAAGGCUCCUUGUCGAUCCAUUUGGAAAUUAUGUCAUCUGUACAGCACUGAUGAAAUUUAAGGGUAAUCCCUAUCUUAAGAAUGCUCUGCUGGAUCUGAUCCAAGCAAAUUCUCUUAUGAUGCGCAGCAAUAUGUUUGGCAAAAAGUUGCUUGAUAGGGCUGACAAAGAAUUGCGUAGUAUGUAA